UUAAGGUCUACAAAAAAAAAGUCCUAUAUGAGCCAAGUUCCCAUGCUCCCAAUUGCUAGUAUGAACAAAUUUUUAUCAUAAAAUAUUAAGAAUAACACUUUUUGCUGAAGGGUUUGCUAUUCAUGAGAAAUCUUGUAUGAAGUGUGCUCCAUAGACCCCUCUGGUUUAAAUUUAGUCUACUCAGGGGCUUUUGUCGAGAAAUUGUAAAAAUUGAAAUUUUUUUCGUAAUAACGACUUUUCAAAAUAAGGUGUUACUGAUCGAAAAAGUGGAUCGAGACAAACCAUUUUCGACAGAGUUCAUUCAAAACAAAAAACUACAAAUGGGCAGACACACGGACGGACAAACAAGCUGAGAAUCAGCGAUUCAGAAUCAUUUUCUGAAUCGAUCGAUGUAAACAAGAUGUGUCUGUCUUAAGCUCUUCUGGGCGUAACACAUGUGCGCCGAAACUUGAUAUACCCUGUACGACCCAUCAAAGAACCCACAAAAUAUAUAUAUAUAUUCGUGAAUAGUUGAAAAUUCCACUUGACUUACUUACGUUAAUGAAAAACUCGCGUUCAUAAAUUUUGAACUAUGUUUUCAUGCAUGGUAUGGGCAUAUGAAUAUGCCUCACGCUUGGCGUGAUUGGAUCCACAACAUUGUGUUCCCAAUGAGCCGACUUUUGGAAAAGCCUAAUGUUGCGAUGCCCAUUAAGACAUCGAAUGGUCAGUUGACGACAACAGCAAUUGCAUCUGCCUCUCCUUUAGCCACAUCCUCAAAUAACUCGACCACCGGUAACAUAACAGAAAUUAAUGAAACCUCAAAACAAGACUAUGAACAGCCUGCUCCUGCAAACACAAAAGCCGCUACAAACUUAGAUGCUGUACUAAUAAGUCUGACUGCGGGCGCGGCCGCUGGAGCUUUAGCUAAAACUACUAUUGCCCCUUUGGAUCGUACGAAAAUUAAUUUUCAGAUUAAUAAAAAUGUACGAUACAGCUUUAGAGCUGCCGUUGAAUUUCUUAAAUACACUUAUACCAAAGAGGGCAUCUUAGCGUUAUGGCGUGGUAAUUCGGCGACCAUGGCGCGUAUAGUGCCUUAUGCUGCCAUACAAUUUACUGCACACGAACAAUGGAGAAAAAUACUUCAUGUGGAUAAAGAUGGUACAGAUACUAAAGUAAAACGUUUCUUAGCCGGCUCAUUGGCCGGCAUAACCUCCCAAUCUUUAACAUAUCCGUUGGAUUUAGCGAGGGCACGUAUGGCCGUUACUGAUAAAUAUACCGGAUAUAAAACCUUACGACAAGUUUUUGUUAAAAUUUGGAUAGAAGAAGGACCGCACACUUUAUACAGAGGGUAUUGGGCUACCGUUCUUGGUGUCAUACCAUAUGCUGGUACAUCAUUUUUCACUUAUGAGACGUUAAAACGCGAGUAUACGGAAAUGACCGGCAACACUAAAUUAAAUACCUUGGUUUCGUUGGGAUUCGGUGCAGCUGCUGGAGCAGUUGGCCAAACAUCCAGUUACCCUCUCGAUAUUGUAAGGAGACGAAUGCAAACAAUGGGUGUAACCAAAGACGGCCAUUCUAAAUAUCCCACCAUUCUUGCCACGCUUACAACAAUUUACAAGGAGGAAGGCAUUAAGAACGGCUUUUAUAAAGGCUUAAGUAUGAACUGGAUCAAGGGCCCGAUUGCAGUGGGCAUUAGUUUCUCUACUUAUGAUUUAAUCAAAGAGUUUUUACGUGAAUUGCUUCACUUAAAGCGCGGUCGAAGCGAUUUAACGGAUUCGCCAAAAUGAGUUUUGUCUGAUUUUUUUUUUCGUAUUUAUAAUAUAGAAAACUAUUGUUUAUACUCUUGUUUUUCCCUUCCAUUAAAGCCAAACUUAUUCUUAGCAGAAAUUUAAAAAAAAAUUAGAAAAUUUUAAUUACAAGUUAUUUUCUUUUUUAAAUUUAGCUAUAUCGAUUAAGAAAUAAAAAAGAAGCUUUUUUAACUUUUUUUUUUCUCGCUUUCCUGGCUGAAAAAGAAUUACCCACAUGUUCGCACAAAGUGACAAUAAUUCAAUAAAACAGAAAAUCAUAUUUUUAUAUUACUAUUUUCAAAAUCUUUGUGAGGUCGUCGGUGUACAUCAUGAAAUCGUCAAUAUUCUCUAUUCCUAUAACUUGACAAACGUAUAUUUGUCUAUGUUGUUGGUAUGGGUUCGUAAAAUGUAACAUAAUAUAAGAAGCCUUUAACUCUAAUAUAUAACUUAAAUGUCUAUUAAAAUUUUAUUAUUGUGAUU